UGGCAAGAUUUGGAGUUUUGUGUGAAGUGGGUGACUGUUUUGGGAGGGAGACAGUGAGACUAAUGGGAGGAGAAGGAGGAAGAGAGGGGGAGGUCUGCAGGGACAAAGAGAAGCUGGAAGGUGUAUUGAGUCUCAGUCAUGACCACAGCUCCAUGCCGGUAGCUAAGAGAAGGGAGCAGAUCGAGUGAGGAGCCGUCAAGGGACACAGGAUGGUGAGGUGUUGGAAACAUUCAGAAAACAGUUUGGAGGAAGCACAGUGCACGGAUGGGGGCUCUGCUGCAUCCUCCAAGUCCCACUUCCCACACAAGGCAUUCUGGGUCAGCCUCUCAGCCUCUCUGCUCCUGGUCGUCAUCGCCCUCGGUGUGAUUGGGCAUCUGCGACUGUCGCAGCCACACUCUGAGUCUUUGCAGCUUGUCCGAAUCACAGUUCCAGAUCAGACCGGAGUUCUGAUCAACCAGUCAGCUAUUGUGGACCAGCAGAAUGACUUGGUGACUUUUUCUGUGACCUCACCCACAAAUCAGACAUCCACUGUGAUGUUUGAUAUCAAGCAUGGUUUGAUAUGUUACAAACCUGUCAACCAGGAGAGCUGCUUCCUGCGAAAGAUGGAGAAGUCUGACUAUGACAACGUGCACUCCCUCCUCAACGACUCCACACACAAGCAGAGUCAGUUCCAGCUGUCCGGGAAUGAGACCCGGAGGCAGACAGAGUUCCUGGGGGUGAUGGGAGCCAGUCAGGUGGAUGUGUCCACACUGGAAGAGCCCCUCCAGGCUCUGUGUCAGGACAGCUCCGUCCACUGGACCAGGAGGGUCGAGGGCCCGGGGAAACAGAGGCUGGUCUACUUCUGCAUUGACAUCUGCUUUCCCAGCAACAUCUGCGUGUCCGUGUGCUUCUACUACCUGCCCGAGUGACUGUGCGUUCUCUUCCUCUGCUCCCAGCGAGAGAUCAGGGAAACAAAGUUGUCUUUUUAGCUCCCUCUACAAGAAAAAAAAAAUACACAGAACAAAAGCCAGCUUUGACUGUUUCCUUUGUGCCAUACAGCCGCCAGU